GUGAAGUGCCUAGUGCUGAAAUCUCUGCUCGGUCGCAAGACCUUCACUAGCGAAGACAAUCCCGGAGCCUACCAGAACUACAUCGCCAGUUACUGGUCUACGAAGCAAUCGGAGCUGUCGCCGGCAUGCGUCUUCCCCGCUAGCCGAUGCGACAUCGCUGUGCAGAUUCUCGUCUCGCGCCUCGCCGGAUGUCCCUUUGCCGUGAAGAGCAGUGGCUAUGCCUCCUUCGCGUGCGCGUCAAGUAUCGAUAACGGCAGCGCUGUCUCUUUAAAGUCCAUGACUAAAGUUUCGGUCUCGCCGGAUCGUACGACCGUGCUGGGGCAAGUUAGCGCGAUGUGUAUCAAGCUUUGCAACCAUAUGGUGUUGUGUUGUUGGCGGACUGACUAUUGGCGGUAGCAUUAACUUCUUCUCAAACCUGUACGGCUGGGCGUGUGACGACAUAGCGGCAUACGAGGUCGUGCCUGCGAGUGGGACGUUGGUGUCACAGCGAGUUCCACAAGACAGGCUGAUCUAUAUUGGGCACCCCGAGGUGAUGGAAGCAAUUCUGCAAUUGUAACCAAGUACUACUUCGACACGUACGAGCUACCUGGAGGCGUAAUGUGGGUCGGUGCGAGA